AUGGACGUCGCAGAGGUAUCGCCCUACCCGCGCAGGCCGCACUCGGACUCGUCGCCGCUGUUGCUAUUGACGUACGCCUCCGAGCCGACCCAGCGUGUGAUCCAGGACAUGCGCAAGCAGCGGAUGAGCCUCUGCUGGAGCCUCUUUGCUCACCACGCGAUCACCCAGGGCUCUUCGAUGGUUCAAGUCGACGAGGAGAAGCGGCACGGCAGGCGAAGCAACGCGCGCGCGCAUCCACAUUCGCAUCCUCAUGGGACCGUCUCCUCCAGCCCCUCACGGCCGCAGCCCAUGGCCCGCCCUCACCGCCCGGAUUCAACCUGGGCACGCGCAACGCAACGCGCCCUCCACCGCCUCACAUCGCCGUUUGCGCCCAACGCAGCGGAUCCCGCGCACUCCGCGAACCCGGCGGACCAACUUUCAUCGUCAAAGCCAUUCGGGCCUGUGCACCUCUCCCUCGAAAGCUUCGACGCUGGCGUCCUGGCGCGGGGCAUCGUCCGCGUCAUGGGCCGCGCCUGCACUCUGCAGAUCGAGUGCCUAGAAGCGACCCUCAUCGCCGACUACCACGCAGCCUCUCCCGCGGACGUCGACGCCCCUGCAAUCGUCGACGGCCUCGUCGCCGCCGUCGGGAGCCUCCCCGCGCUCCGGGUGUUCGCCGCGUUCAUGCGCGGGCUCGACCUGGACGCGCUCGCGCGCCGGCUGUGCGUCGCGUGCCCCACCCUGCGGAUCGUGGUCGUUCUGCUCAGCGGGGUGCGCGGGCGCGCGUUGAACGAGCGGGUGCAGCUGAGGCCGCAGUGCACGGAGUCCGAGCCGUAUGCGGAUAGGAAGGACAAACCCGGACACCGGGGUACGGAGGCGGUGGGGGACGAAAUUUCUGCAGAACCAUGCGACGUGGAGCGUGAGGCUGGGGAGGUUUCCAGCGAGGGUGCUAUGUAG